CAGGGAGAGAGGUGAUAAUGACUUCCUAUCAAGAGUUAACGGCCGAAGGGGAGAGUAGCCCUCUGUUCACGGGCUGCUGCCGAGCAAAAGAGGUCAUAAACCGGGACCUGGGCGGCAGAACUUAUCCUGAACUCGGCAGUCGUGAUGAGGAGGGAAAACCGGAGGUGGAAGUCGCCUCAGGAUUUAAUUCUCCGCAUCCUCGCUACUUAACUCUCUCAAACAGUUUGACUCUGUGCACCUCUUCGGACAGCCCUCCUCCUCCUCCUCCUCCUCCUUCUUCUUCUUCACCACUACUACGACAUUAUGAGAUUCUCGAGGGCUUCUCGGCACCGGCCUGCCCCCACUCGUCCCGUGUCCCCUGGCGGUGCAGGGCGCAGGGGCAGGGCUCUCCAGGACGUGGAUACUGCGCAUCAAACAACAGCGAGACGCGACUCGACGACGAUUUUGGGUCACUUCCAGAGCAAAUUCAAAUCUAUUCUCGCAACGGCCCCGAGAUUCACGUCGCCGUGGGAAGUUCAGCCAGCUCGGACUGUAACGUGGCUGAUUUGGAUGAAAGGAGUAAAACUUUUGAGUGGAUGAGGGUGAAGAGGAGUCAGCACCGGGCGGCCAGGAUGCACAUGACCUGUGGGUUCAGUAUUGUUGGCUCGGGAGUCGGUGCUGUAGAGGCUGGAAGCAGCAGCAGCAGCAGCAGCAUCUGCACGGAUGUCCAUCCCACGGUGAACGGGGCCCCGAGGACCAGCUUCAGCACCAAGCAGCUGACCGAGCUGGAAAAGGAGUUCCACUUCAACAAGUACCUGACACGGGCCAGGCGGGUGGAGGUCGCCGGCGCCCUGCAGCUCAGCGAGACGCAGGUGAAAGUUUGGUUUCAGAACAGGCGCAUGAAGCAGAAGAAAUUACAGAGAGACGGGCUGCUCUGCGACCCGGGCCCCGCGGCCCCGCACUCACGCGCUUUGGACACCUGCCCCUCUCUCGGACCGAACUCGCCAAAACACCUGCCCCUGAACUCCUGAGUCCCUCGCAGGGGAGCUGCUCGCUGCAUCGUGCGUUAGACGCAGCGAAGGCGCAUCAGCCUGCAGAUGCUUUGAUUCGCGUUUGCAUCGGUUUCAAUCAGGCAUCACCUUUAUUUGCUUACCACGAUGGAUGCUUAUUGCAAGAAGCGCAAUGGCAAGUUUCUUCAUGCAAGGACGGGUCAAAACAAUUUGUCAUCCUCCCCCGGCUUCAGACUGGCGCUCUGAUUUGAAUAUUAAAAUUCAAGUCAUUCCAAUGCGCUCCUAUCUACACAGUGUAAACGAAGAUACAAAAUUAUAUUAAUUGACCGUAGAAACGGUGGCAGUCAGGCUGUUUAUUUUGUACAAUUUAUUCAGGAACAGACUUUACUUGAAUAUAUUUAUUGAACAGGACACGUGCUUCCUUGUUUUGUUUAAAAGAACACAAAAAUAUUUUUCUUUAUUUAAGCUCCACAUUUAUUUUUACGACGUAGAUAGACAGGUCAUUUUUAGCAGUUUUUUUUUCACAAAUUAUUCCACCAAAUCACACUGCUGCUCUCAGUUUAAAGUUCGUCAUUAUGGAGAUUUUUUCCUAUAUCUUUAAAAAAGAAAAAAAAGCUGUUUGUCUCCACGCAUUUGAGGAAAUUGUCGAAUGCACCUGUUGUAGACAAAGCACAUCUUUAACGUGAUAUGUUAGCAGAUAAUUAUUAGGCUAAUUUGGCAGAGUUCUAAUGCUGCUUUAACGUUGUAGGCUAUAUUUAGUCCGCUUUGUAAGGUUUUCAUUAUCCUGAGUCCACGGAAAGAUUAACAUGCCAUAAUUGACUGAUAGAUUUAUUGACCGCUCGUAUUAAGAGUAUUGAUCCGUGGUGAUCCAUCUAUUUCAGGCACAAAUCUGGGAGCAUUUGCAUGCAUCUGUAACUGCACGUUAAUGGAAUGUAGAAAUAUCACGAUCGGGAGUUGUUGCGUCUUUUAUUACCCCUAUACAUGCAUCAGAAAAUGAUAAUUUAGCUUGAACACUCAUGCGGGAGAGCAGACAAUAAAGCGCUGUCUGUGCUGUUUUGCAGAUCAACCAAUAAAUUUGUGGUGGGCCCCAGCAGUUCGAGCAGCUAAAUAUUCCUUCCAGAUUCACAUCUCAUCUCAUAGAAAGUAAAUGAUUAUCAACUCGGCCCUUAAACACUGUUAUGUUCCCGGCAUCACAGUGCGUUUCUAUCAUGUUAAUGUCUAUUUUAAUAUCAAGAUAUGGUCCAUCAGCUACAUUAAUUUUAUGUUGGGGAAUAUUUUUGUUUAGCUUUCAAUUAGCGGUGUGUGCACUGGAUAUGAAGGUUACUGGAGCCCAAACGGAUAUUAGUGAUAACAAGGCAUUCAAGUCAAAGCAGCUGGGUUGUUGUGGCUUAGGAAUAAAAAAGAUAGAACCAAAAUGAGCUAAUUAGGUCUGUGUAAGCUUUUAACAGGUGUAAUCAUUGGAUUUUGGCACCUUGAUAAAAUACAAAUAAUAAUAAUUAUCAUAGUUAAUAGACAGUUGCACCUGGGAGUGGACGUGAAGGCUGCAAGGCCAGGCUAAUAUAUGCAGUUACACCAGAGUUCACCUCUCACCUCUUGACCUUUGUCUUGCCUCAGGACAACGAUGACCCGGUCAGCGGCUCAGAGAGAGAAAGAUGGACCAUUAAUUUGGGUGACCUCGAAGUCUGAGCUUUUUCUCUUUCUCUCCUUUCUUUCUUUCGUACUCUGUUUUUUUUUUUUUUUUUUUUUUUUUUUUUUUUUUUUUCAACAAGCAACUUGGAAAGCUUUUGUUCUGGUGGUGGUGGGUCUCUGUGUCCACACAAUAAUAUUUCAUCGAGCUGAAUAGAAGGGGGACCAGGCCAUAUGAUAAUUGUUCAUAUUAUAAUUCCAUACCAGGCCAGAUAAUGCAUUUUUUCCUACACCUAGAGCUAACCUCAUUUUUGCCCUAUCUCUUAUUUUAAUAAGCCAAAAAAUAUGCUACUGGCUCACUUUAUAAACUGGAUGAAAGAGUCUUUUCACCCAUUAGGUUUUUGGAUAUAAACUACAGAACUAUUUUUAAUGGCAAAGUUGAAAAAUUAAAGUUACUUGAGCACACUUAACACUUAAUAUGAUUCCAUGUCAGAGCCAGCAUAAACAAAAUUUUGCACAACUAUUCAUUACAUGCUUGCUGCUUAUAUAUUUCAUACACAUCUGCUUGAAUAAUUAAAAAAAAAUUCAGACAUUAAUCCCUUCCAAACAAUAUCUUUUAUAAUGUUCAUGUCAUUAAUAUUAACUGAAAGCUAGGGAGGAAUAAAAGUUCAAACCUAAAGGUCGGCAGAGGAGUUUCUGACAGCACAAACAUUUAAAAGUUUUAUUUGGAAUUGAUAGGAAGGAUUUUACAUGCAAGCUAGACUGGAAAUGUGUUGAACCCAAUUUAUUUUUAGUUUGCAUUUAAACAAAAUAAAAACCAUUAAGGCCGUCCUCUCUAAACAAAAUAGCACAAAGUAGAAUGUUUAACAAAACUAUCAAAUGCAUCCAUCGCAUUAAUGCAAAUAAGCAUGCACUUGUGAAGGUUACGAGGAUGAUGAUGAGGACGAUGAUGAGACAAUGUGAUGGUAAAACCUGUGAGUGCAAAAGUGGUCUCUCAUGUCCAGUGUUCCUGCUGAGAAGUGUGUUAGGUUGACCCUAUUACAAAACUCUUUUAUCAUCUAGUGCAAACAUGUUCCCUUGCCACAGGGCUUCAAGUUACAGGUUGUAAUGUGCACAGAGGAUGCUUGCAGCAGGUGUGCACUCAGACUUUUUUUUUUUAAUCCAAACUUACUUUAUCACAGUUUCUACUAAAUAAUAGAUUCACUUAGAAAUACACAACCAUUUGAAAUAGCGGCGAGAAAACGUGCAGAGGGAAAAACUUAAUGUGAAUUAUAAGGAUGAAGUGAAGGUGAAAAGAAGAGUGGAUUUAUUUUGGGUGAACUAUCGCUUUAAUUUCAUUCUGUGGCAGCUUCAGCAUUUGCCUCUCAAUUGAUGAAAGACGAACCGCAUUGUUUGUUCAAACCUGACAUUUAGUUCGAAAGCAUUUGAGUGUGACUCUACUCUGAUGAAUUUGUGCUCGUCUGUAAUUCGCUCCUGAAGAUGUACGGCUGGCUCACUAGACUGACAGCUGUGGGGUGCUUAUACACCAGCAGACAUGUAGCGAAUGUGAGGGAAAUAAAACCAAAAUAACUCA